UCAACGAGCAUACACAAACAUCAAGGGAUGACGCGAACGCGGCACUGCAAGGAAGACGGGGACGCGGCGCAACGCGUGGAAGUAAGAGACGCGAGCGAGAGAGCGCGUGGCGCAGAGAGAGAGAGAGAGAGAGAGAGAAAAUGGCGCACACACAAAAUAGACACCCGCGCACAGAAUGGCGACACGCACUGGACACGUGCAGCGCACGAGGUUAUACGGGAAGCACUCGCGGUGAGAAUGACGCGAGAUGAUCACUCGCGAAGGAAGCGGCACUCGCGAGACUUGAUAUUUGCGAUCGAGACCGUGUCGAGGCAACGACAAUGCACUCGCGAGACAACUGCGACUUAUGCACAUAGAGGCGAACGACUGCGAUAAGAUGGCCGCUACGCUGCGCUAAGAUGGUCAGGAAGAUGGACGGAAGCACUACUUGAGUCGCAACACUAAGACUUGCUUCCGGCGGUGUAGUUGACGCUGCGUAACGACGGAUGGCGCGGGUAGCGAGACACGGGAUGUGUUCCUUUAUUCACUCUGAGUACUCAUGCUAUGACGUAAUGGAAGUGUACUGCGGCUCGUUCCGUUUUAGUUUCGUGCACUUUCUAACUGCUUCAAGGUUAUAAAACGGAACGCAGUUGCACUUAUCGCAAGAGACUGAAAAAGAAACAUUGAUGAAAAGAGAAGACACGAAUAACAACAUGAAAUAAUUCAGUUCGGAAUAAUCAAACUCAAAGCAACUAGAUUCAAAGCAGGAAAUUAUAACUCUGAGGAAUUAGAUUUCAAAUAAUUGAUCUCAGAAUUAUUUGACUUGAGGCAAUUGAGCUCGGAGCAGCCAAAUUCGAAACAUCUUGAAUAUAAAACAAUCUAAUUCGAAGCAACUUGACUUAAGAUCUGUCAUCUAUAUCAAAGAAGCUUUUGUCCAAUACACUUGUGAUUGAAUCAAAUGAAACAUUAAGCUGCUCUAUAUUAUUUUUACAAAUAAAACUUAUCAAGGAACCGCAGAAAAAUUUAUCUAUUUUAAUAAAGCACAAUUUGAAUCGGAUGAUGGAGCAAAAUGUCUAUAUGAGAUAUGAUGUCGAAUGAAAUCAAUAAAGCAUUUUAUAAUCUAUAGACAAAGAUUAAUUCUAAAAAGAAGAGAAACCAAAGAAGACAAGACCAAGCAGGAGGAGACAUCAAAUAAUAUCUCUUUAUGUAGUAAUAAUGAUUUGAUGACUCAGGAAACUAUGCAUAUCUAUUUGGACAAUAAGGAACAACCAUUCACAUCUACACUAAAUAAGUUUAUGGAAAAGGAAUUAAAUAAAUUUCUGGAGCAGACACAACCGGUGAAACGAAAACGUGUAGAAAAGGAUACUAUGGAUAGCAUGGAAUACAAUGUACCUCGCAAAAAGCUGCAAAUUCAUGAAGAUGUGAAGAGUGAAGCUUGUUCACCUAUUUUGGAAAAUACGACGAAUGCAAAUCGCAAACGCUUUUACAAAGCAUCUUUUCCUUGCAAGACAUGUGUUGUAACGAUAUUAUUAUCAACAUUCAUAUUGCUACUCUCGGUAAUCUUGUAUCAGAAUCGGGAACGCAAACACAGCAUGGAAUAUGCCAAAGCUGCUAUCGAAUUGAGGAAUCAAGUUUUUGGUCAGGAAAAUGCUAUAGAAGACCUAACCGAAGUUCUCCAGCGUGACGAACCUUUCUUACGGUUAAUAAUCCUAUGUGGUGGCUCAGGUGUUGGUAAAUCAUACUCGGUGGAUAUUAUAAGGCAAAAUUUUGCGACAUCGUUCUCCGUUCGUACAUAUUAUCCUCCACUUAAACCUGUGAAGUUUUAUAACAAUUCUUUGUUACAUCCAAGUCUAAUCAUCCUUGACAACUUGAAGUAUAGUGAUGUGCCAAGUGUCAUAGAAUUUUUGAAGGCACAAAAUUUGGACAAAUAUGUGCAUAGGAAUAGUCGACACCUUACUGUGUUGGCCGUCUUCACUUUAGAUCCGAUGACUGAAGAGCAGUUUAAUAAUAUUAACACCCGUGAUACGCUUUUAUAUCAAACUCUGAACAGAAUAAAUCUCGAAAUGCACAGGAAUGAUAUUGAUUCCACAAUAAUUCCCUAUGAUUUUUUAAGUGAGAAACACAUAGAAAGAUGCAUUACAAACGCGGCAAGUAAUAGCAAUUUAUAUCUUACAGAUGAACAGAUUGAAUUUAUCAAAAAGUAUCUACAUCUAAAUCAAUCCGGUUGUAAGGGAGCUUAUAGUAAGGUUCAGAUAAUCGCUAGGGAAUAAGAAAUAAUUAUAUGAUUC